UUGAACCCGAACCACCACCAACAGCGCCUUAGUGUGCGCUCAACCCUCUGCAGCUCUAAAUCUUCACUUGUUUUAUGCCCCAUAGUUCUCUCAGAGCAUCACUCAAACCAGAAUUUCAGAAACCAACUUCACAAUCCUCACAAUCAAAUUCUAAUCAAUAUGGAUUUGACAUCCUCGCAAAAGAGAACCUCACCCAUGUCACUUCUUAUCUUGACCCAGCAAGUCUUUUUGCGGUCUCAGGGGUGAACAAGUUUCUCCAUGAGCAUGUCAAGGACGACCAUACCUGGCGGAGAGCUUUUCUCCUCAAUUUUUUAGGUGUCAAACCAGAAGCCGACUUGGAUCCGUCAACAGGGCUUUUGCUCAGGAGAUCAGAGUCCUCUUGGGCUAGGGAAUACGUAGCUCGGUCUAAUAUUCGCAGGCGUUGGGAGUCCCUACGAAACUCGACUAUCGCAUACGCUCCCGUGCAUUCAUCAGUGUCUGAUGUUCACUUGUUGAACAACGCAGUACCGUCCUUGUUAGCAUCCUCUUUACAGUACGGCAUUGUCUCGCGCUCAGUCUUGUUGACCGGUAAAGUCCUCCGAGGCUUUCUUUCCCCGUCUGCAGCAGGAACUGGGUUGGGAAUAGGCAAUCCCAACACGGAGUUUGCACCAGAUGUAUCUGCGUGUGCAAUGUCUUCAGAUGGUGGUACCGCGAAGAUCGCAUGGGGUAUGAGGAACGGAGAGGUUGCGGUUUCAAUUGCUGCGAAGACGAUGGAUACGAAUACGAGAUCGGCUGCUAAGCUGGGGAGAUGUACCGUACAGGAUCAGCAUGAGGGGGAAGUGGUGGAUGUCGUUUGGGAUGAUGGAGGAGGUUUAGUUGCCUCUGGCGCCAAGGAUGGUCGUAUCAAAAUCUGGGAUGCAAAGACUGUCCGAUGUUUUUGGACGUCUGAAUAUCUCAUUCCGGAAUAUCCCACUACCAUUCGUCUGGUAACAGGCAAGUCUGGCACCGCUGUCGUUGCUGGUACGAGUAGCGGGGAUGUGAUUGUAUGGACUGGACUUGCAGUAACGGCUGUAGACCGGGAGACGAUUGGUGGGACCAAAAACAAAGUAUCGUGCCCUGUCCAGGCCAAUGCUCAAACUCCCGAGGAUUCCCACACAAUCCUGACCGAUCCCAUCAUCAGGGCCCUUCAUGUCGAUGUUGUUACCGACACCAACUUUAUCUGUGUUAUAGUUGCCUACGACUCUCAACCUGAGUUCUAUCGAAUCGCCAUCCCUUUCGAGGACCUUGGUGCGCAGCCUAACAUUACCACAUUCAAGGACCAGUCCUCGUUCAUAGGCACAGUCAGCUCGGUUUUCCCUUGUCUCUGUCCAAGUCGUGAGGGCGAAACGAGUUUUAUUAUCACCGGUACGAGUCUAGGUUGGGUGUGCGUAUACCCUUACCCUCCCCCAUCUCAGUCCACUGCCGUUAAACCUCUCCGGAAAUUUGAAGCUCACACUGAUGGCCAGAGUGUCACUGCGUUAGCAUGGAACUCUGUUACACUCGUGACGGGAUCUGUGAAUGGGAGUACGAGCGCGUUUGAUUCGUAUACGUUCGAACGGUUGAGGACGUUUGGAUCUCCGAUGCCAAGAUCUCGACCUCGUGGUGGUGGGGGGAAUGUAGCGGAACGAGUUGAAGGUGUCAAGAAGAUUUUGCUGGGGCCUGAAAAGGAUGUUUUGGCGAUCAGUGUAGGUGAUCGGGUGAUGGGGUAUAAGGCGGAUUUGGUACCAAAGACGAAUAAGAUGAAAUCGAAGCAGGCUGGGAAGAAGAAAGCGAAAGGGACGAGUAUGGCGAAGGGGCAUGAUCAUCACAUCCUUAAUCAACUCAUCUCGGAUUCAAUGCAAGAGCAAAACGCUGAAUCUGAGUAUAUGAGGGUCAUUCACGGGAGGGAACGUCGACAGAGACUCAAUUUGGAGAGAUUGGGAUUAAACGAGGUCGAAGCUGUGGAGUAUGUGCUUAUGUUGAGUAGGGACGAGGCAUUGGCGCGUGAGGCUCAGGAGGCGCAACAGCAACAACAUCUCGUUGAGGAAGGCGUUUUCGAAGGGGAUUUUAAUUUUGGGGAUGGGAUGAUUCCGAGUACUCGAGAACUGCCGACUUCUACGGCCACCAGUCCACCAAGCUCGAGGAGUUCCAGUCAAGGUUCCCCGAAACCUUCAUCACCAGGACUUUCAUCUUCGUUACCGCAAUCACCUCCCCGAUCCUCGAGGCCGAUAUAUUCUGCGUAUACCCCACCCCGGCCGUUUUCGAAUGAGAAAGUCCAGGUUUCUCCGAGGUUCCGACAGGAAGCUAGGGAAGCCGGGUGGGGUGGUGGUGGUGGUGAUCAAGAAUCUCGAUCCGUUGGGGGCGUUUCACAAUCAUGGAGCUCUGUGGCGAGUUCUGUCUCGGACAUCGAUCUGGCCGGGGUUGCGGGGAGGAAUGUAGACGAAGGCUCCGACCCGUUUCCUUCGAUUUCGCCGAAGUUGUCGAAGAAGAGUUUUAGUGAAGGUCCGAGUAGGAAGGGCGCCUGGGCUGCUGGGUCUCCAUCCCCGUCUUAUACGUCGGCUGAGGCAUCAACAUCAACGUCUUCGAAACAGAACAACGCUCCUCACAAGCCUGCGACGUUUUCGGUUUGUGGUGUGAGUGAUGAUGAAGAUGAGGAUCUUAAACUCGCUCUUCAGUUGAGUUUGGAGGAAGCUAGAAUCCGGGGGGAAGUUGUUUGAAAAGAACGAAUUUUGACUCGUAUAGAUUUCGUGUUUUUCUUUGAUUAUGUUUGAUGUCCAGCUUUAUGUUAAGUUAGAUACUUCAACGUGUUCCCCUUCCGUAUCAUGAUUCGCAGCUCCCGCAGUAAUGUCAGUUCCGUUGGCCAAUUAAUACCAGUGUGUCAUGUCUUAUCCUCAAUAAUGUGUUCCCCCUUCUAUUAUGAACUGAUCCCUGCCAUCCGUUGUGUUAGAC